GGGGAGAAUUAUGCAGUUAACUAUCACAAUAUACAUUUUGGACGAUACUACACUGAACAAAAAUAUAAAUGCAACAUGUAAAGUGUUGUCGCCAUGUUUCAUGAGCUGAAAUAAAAGAUCACAGAAAUGUUCCUUACGCACAAAAACUUAUUUCUCUCAAAUUUGUGCACAAAUUUGUUUACAUCCCUGUUCGUAAGUAUUUCUCAUUUGCAUAUCAAGAAGCAUAUCAAGAAGCCGAUUAAACAGCAUGAUCAUUACACAGGUGCACCUUGUGCCGGGGACAAUAAAAGGCCACUCUAAAAUGUGCAGUUUUGUCACACAACAUAAUGCCACAGAUGUCUGAAGUUUUGAGGGCGUGUGAAAUUGACUUGCUGACUGCAGGAAUGUCCACCAGAGCUGUUUCCAGAUCAUUUAAUGUUCAUUUAUCUACCAAAAGCCACCUCCAAUGUCGUUUUAGAGAAUUUGGCAGUACGUCCAAACAUCGUCACAACCUCAGACCACAUGUAACCUCGCCAGCCCAGGACCUCCACAUCCGGCUUCUUCAACUGCGGGAUCAUCUGAGACCAUCCACCGGACAGCUGAUGAAAGUGUGGGUUUGCACAACUGAAGAAUUUCACCACAAACUGUCAGAAACUGUCUCAAGGAAGCUCAUCUGCGUGUUCGUCGUCCUCACCAGGGUCUUAACCUGACUGCAGUUUGUCGUCAUAAUCGACAAUGCUUACCUUCGAUGGCCACUGGAACGCUGGAGAAGCGUGCUCUUCACAGAUGAAUCACAGUUUCAACUGCACCGGGCAGACAGCGUGUUUGGCGUCAUUUGGGAGAGCGGUUUUCUGAUGGCAACGUUGUGAACAGAGUGGUGGUGUUGGGGCUACGGACAACGAAUACAAUUGUAUUUUAUUGAUGGUAAUUUGAUUGCACAGAGAUACCGUCACGAGAUCCUGAGGCCCAUUGUCGUGCCAUUCAUCCGCCGCCAUCACCUCCUAUUUCAGCAUGAUAAUGCACUGCCCCAUUUCGCAGGCAUCCGUACACAAUUCCUGGAAACUGAAAAUGGCCCAGUUCUUCCAUGGCCUGCAUACUCACCAGACAUGUCACCCAUUGAGCAUGUUUGAGAUGCUCUGGAUCGACGUGAAGAGGAGUGGGACAACAUUGCACAGGCCACAAUCAACAGCCUGAACAACUCUAUGCGAAAGACAUGUGUCAUGCUGCUUGAGGCAAAGGGUGGUCACACCAGAUGAUUCUGUUUUUUUUAUCCAUGUCCGUACCUUCUUUUUAAGGUAUCUGCACAUCUGUUUUCCCAGUUAUGUGAAAUCCAUAGAUUAGUGCCUAAUGAAUUUAUUUCAAUGUGAAAUCUAUAGAUUAGGGCCUAAUGAAUUUAUUUCAAUUGACAGAUUGUCUUAUAUGAACUGUAAUUAAAAUCUUUGAAAUUAUUGCAUGUUGCGUUUGUUUUUGUUCAGUGUAUAUUGUCAAUAUACCGCAAACCCCUGAGGUGCCUUAAUGCUAUUAUAAACUGUUUACCAAAGUAAUUAGAGCAGUAAAAAUACAUGUGUCACGCUUGUUGAAAUGAGUGAACCAAGGCGCAGCGUGUGUAGAGUUCCACAUUAUAUUUAAUAAUGAAACUUACAACCAAAACAACAAAGAAUAUAACAAACGUGCAGUAUUGCAGUGCUCAAGGCAACUGCACAAAAACAAGAUCCCACAAACAACAGGUGGGAAAAGGAUGCCUAAAUAUGAUUCCCAAUCAGAGACAAUGAUAGACAGCUUCCUCUGAUUGGGAACCAUACCAGGCCAACAUAGAAACGAAAAUACUAGAAUGCCCACCCUAAUCACACCCUGACCUAACCAAAUGGAGAAAUAAAAGGCUCUCUAAGGUCAGGGCGUGACAACAUGUUUUGUCAUACGCGUGGUAUACUGUCUCAGACGACACCAUUCUGGCCCUUCUUUGGACACUGUGUUAACAACCCUCCAGACAAGCUUCAAUGCCAUACAACUCUCCUUCCGUGGCCUCCAACUGCUCUUAAAUACAAAUAAAACUAAAUGCAUGCUCUAUAACCGAUCGCUGCCUGCACCUGCCCGCCCGUCCAGCAUCACUGCUCUGGACGGUUCUGACUUAGAAUAUGUGGACAACUACAAAUACCUAGGUGUCUGGUUAGACUGUAAACUCUCCUUCCAGACUCACAUCAAACAUCUCCAAUCCAAAGUUAAAUCUAGAAUUGGCUUCCUAUUUUGCAACAAAGCAUCCUUCACUAAUGCUGCAAAACAUACCCUCAUAAAACUGACCAUCCUACCGAUCCUCGACUUCGGCGAUGUCAUUUACAAAAUAGCCUCCAAAACCCUACUCAAUAAAUUGGAUGCAGUCUAUCACAGUGCUAUCCGUUUUGUCACCAAAGCCCCAUAUACUACCCACCACUGCGACCUGUACGCUCUUGUUGGCUAGCCCUCGCUUCAUACUCGUCGCCAAACCCACUGGCUCCAGGUCAUCUACAAGACCCUGCUAGGUAAAGUCCUCCUUAUCCUCCUUAUCUCAGUUCACUGGUCACCAUAGCAGCACCCACCUGUAGCACGCGCUACAGCAGGUAUAUCUCUCUGGUCACCCCCAAAACCAAUUCCUCCUUUGGCCACCUCUCCUUCCAGUUCUCUGCUGCCAAUGACUGGAACGAACUACAAAAAUCUCUGAAACUGGAAACACUUAUCUCCCUCACUAGUUUUAAGUACCAGCUGUCAGAGCAGCUGACUGUAUGUUUGUUUUACUCCAUGUGUAACUCUGUGUUGUUGUAUGUGUCGAACUACUUUGUUUAUAAAUUAUAAUUGUAGAUAGUUUAUAAAUGUAUAGAUUAUAAUACAAUCCCUUUGAUGACAGGUCUCCUCUCAAUUUUAGAUUAUUUUCUCAUUAAUCCUAUUAUAUUACUCGCUCGCUCGCUCACACACACACACACACACACACAUUGUCCAUCUCACACCUAUCCCCCACAGCUCUCUCUCAGCUCUCUCCCCAGCACCGUUGUCCCCAGCCUCCCCUCCUCUCCAGGGGGCUGUGCUACUGGGGGACCGAGGGCACGGUCCUCCAGACAGGAGGUGGCGCUGUUCCAGACCCUGCAGGAGGCUCUGAGGGAGAUCGACCUGCCUGAAACACAGGACCUGCCACAGGGUAUGAGUCACUCUGAGAUGUGCAUCUGUGUUUUGGGAUCCCCACUCCCCUACCUCUCUCUGCUGUUAGAGGCAGGCCAACGGAGCCCAGGAGAUGCUCUCCUGUGUCUCUGUCCAUCCUGGCUCUCUCGCUCCUCCUCCCUCCUGGUCCACAAGGCUGUCACCUUUGACCUGGGAGGGCGCACUUUCCUAUCCAACUUCAACCCGCCUCGCAGGGUCACCUACUUCCUGUCAUCUGACCCGUGGGCUAAGGAGGAAAUGACCCGAGAGACAGACUGCCCAAGCGGAGGUUCUGGAGCACUGGGUCAGUUCUGGGGGAAUGUUCUGACCACCAGGGUUCUGCUGCAGAAGGCCAAGAUCCACUGCCCCCCAACCCUGGCCCUUCUUUUACCACCGGGGCAGAUGAGGCUGGAGGAGGGCAGGACAGGAGGGGUGGAGGUGGUGCACCUGGAAAUGGGGGCGGAGGAAGGGAUGAACUCUGUCCGAAACAAGGUGGACAGUUUCCUGGAGUCUGAGAAUAUGAGGGGAUCAGAGAGGGUGGUGCUCAGGUGCAGUGGGGGGAGGUUUGUGGGCGAGGCAACCUCACCCCCUGUCUACCUGUCCAGGAACAGCAGGGAUGAGGUCUGGGCCAAGGUGAGUUAUCUCCUUCCCCAGCUCCUCCCUGGCGAGGCAGUGCUGCUGGAGGCCUACUGCUCCCCACUGAAGCCUGGGCCACGGGUAGAGGACCACACCUGGGAACAGUACACCGACUGCAGGCCUCAGGUUCCAGACCUGUCCUUCAGACUGUGUGCCAUAGUAACUCGCUCACCUCUGGACCUGCCUCUCCUCUACAAGUUGGUGUGUAGAGUGGGUGUGUCCGACGAUCCUCUCUCUCACAGCCACUCCCUCUCUCAGUCUUUGGAGACCACCCUAUUAGAGUGUGGUUUCACUGACCCUACCAUGGCAAAAUCUCUCUGCCGCCUAGCACUGGACACCGCCCUGUCCUGCCUCUGUGUUGUCAUGGAAACAGAGUCAAGCAUGUCCGCAGAACAACGCGGUGGAGCGGGUGCCCAGACCGACAUGAUAGGCGUGGACCUCCUUUUCACCAUGGAUGGCUCCAUCAUCAGGCCUGUUAUUUUGGGCCUACAUCCCUCCCUCUGUCUUCACUCCUCCUUCCAAGAGCGAGGAAUGGGGAUGGAGGGAUGCGACAGUGGGAUAGAGGGGUGGAGUAGGGGCACCCUCCUCCUCACCCCCCUCACCCGCUCCCAGUACUACCUGAUGCAGGGGAAAACUGUGCUGGUGGUGGGAGCUGGAGGACACAGUAAGAAGUUCAUCUGGAAAACAGCCAAACAGUACAAACUCAAGAUCCUGCUCGUGGACAGUGACUCUGCCCACUUCGCCUCCCAGUUGGUCGACCACUUCCUCCCCCUGCCAGACCUCCCCGACCAUCGGCGUGACGACCAGCACUGCUCCCGCAUCUGUGAUUGGCUGUUGUCCUCCAGCCUCCGCCCUGACGGCUGCGUGUGCUUCUGGGACGAAUGCGUGGUGCUGACAUCGCUGGUCUGUGAUAGGCUGGGGCUUAGGGGGCCUCCCCCUGAGGCCAUCCGCAUUGCGAAGGAGAAGAGCCGCACCCACAGGCACCUCUUGGGCCUACUGAAGUCUACUGGGACUAACCUGAUCAGUGUUGAGCAGCCCUCCGGUCAGCCAGAUAGCCUGGUUGAGUUUAGAGAGGAUGAGAGGAGAGGUAGACAGCAGAAUGGCAUGGUCAACAUGGAAGGAGAUAGCAUGAGAGCUAUGGCCGAUUUCGACAGGGGGGAUCUCUUCAAUGAGGCAAUGGGCAAACACAACACAACCACCCCUACCUCUUCCUCCACCUCACCCUCCUCACAUUCCUUUGGCACUUUCCGUCCCUCCGCUCCUCUCCUCUCUCCCUCCCCUUCCUCCUAUGCUGUUCCCUGUAUCCACGUGGAGAGCACCCUGGAUCUGGAGAAGGCAGCCAGUGGGGGGGAGGGGAGGCCUGGUGGGGCCAGUGUGGGGGUGGUGAGAUUCCCAGCGGUGAUGAAGCUGGAGUACGGCGCGGGGGCGGUGGGCGUGAGGAAGGUAGGAUCUCUGGAGGAAAGUCUGGCACACUUUGAGAGGAUCGCCGGGGACCUCCGCGAGGAGACAGACUACCCCGGCAUCGGCCUGGGCUGGGGCAACGCCAUGAUCCUCAUGGAGUACGUGGGAGGCACCGAGCAUGACGUGGACGUGGUCAUGUUCGACGGGAGACUGGAGGGCGCCUUCGUGUCCGACAACGGCCCCACGCGCACCCCGGCCUUCACCGAGACGGCCGCCCAGAUGCCCUCGGGGCUGGCGCCGGACAAGCGUGCUCAGCUGAUCCGCGCGGCACACCACGCAUGCCUGGGCUGUGGCCUGCGAGACGGCGUGUUCAACGUGGAGCUGAAGAUGACAGAAGUGGGCCCGAGGCUCAUCGAGAUCAACGCCCGCAUGGGCGGCUUCUACCUGUGCGACUGGAUCCGCCAGCUGUACGGCGUGGACCUCCUGAUGGCCGCCUUCAUGGUGUCCUGUGGGGUGCGUCCCUGCCUGCCCUCGGCCACAGCCCUCCCAGCCAGAGGCCACUUUGCUGGGGUGAUGGUGGUGGUGUCACGGCACCUCCAGGCCCUGAAGACGACAGCCAGCCCUGAGCGCCUGAGAGGGCUCCACCAGGAGGGUGCGUUGUGGCUGAACGAGCUGGCAGAGGAGGAUGAACUGAUCUCUGGUGAGUACGAGGAGCCCUUCUGUAAUGUCGGGGUGAGAGAUGCCCACAAUGCCACCAACGCUCGCCAGCGCCUCCUCGCCCUCUGCCAAGGGCUGGGCCUGCACUGUCCUCCACGCUACGACCUGGGCUACUUCCUGUCCCAUUUCAACUAGACAGGAACUCAGGGGGGAGAAGCAGGGUUUGUUCAGGAGGGUGCCAUAUUUACAUUUUAAUCACAGAUCAAAAUAAUAGAAAGAGCUGAAACGAUUCCUUACUCUGCAGAAUUAUAUAUAUUAUAUUCCUGCCUGAAUGUUUGUUCACUACAUUGGACCCUUCUGAAUAGAACCCAUGUUUAGCAAGGGUGUGCUGUGUGCAGGGGUUAGUUUAGUUAGCUUAAAAGGUACAUCACAGGAUGAAAAAAGACUCCUCAUAUCAAAACAUAAUAUGUUACCUCAAAAUUGCAAAUUCAGGGACUAAUCAUUCAGGUAGCAGAACCUUUCCAUCUUUGCACUUAUAUUUUGGGGACCAUCUCAGGAAAAAAAUACAAGUUUAGAAAAGGUAUCUUCAUCAGUGAUUGGGUAGAAUAGGAUAUGGGUGUCUAUCUAUCUACCAGGGUUCAGGAAGUGAUGUGAAUUUAACAUUCAAAUAUGGAAAAACUUAUGGAAAAGCUCCUACUUUUCAGUGUAUUGACAAGUCAUAAAAUAAAAAGAGGCCGUUUGUCCAAUUAUUGAAUUGGAAUUUCAGUUUACUUCCUGAAUUGACAGCCUUCAAUUCAAAUCGACCCCAACCCUGUUAUCUACUAGGUUGUGGCAUCAGCAGUCUACCUUACUACUUCAUAACGUAGUAGGCUGCGCAUUGUGACCACAUAGCAGUUGAUUAAUAGCCUACACACUGUGAACACAGCAGUUGAUUCAUAACCUGCACACUGUGGACACAGCAAUUGAUGAAUAGCUUGCACACUGUGAACACAUAACAGUUGAUUAAUAACAUAUACACUGUGAACGCAGCAGUUGAUUAAUAACCUGCACAUUGUGAACACAUAACAGUUGAUUAAUAACAUAUACACUGUGAACGCAGCAGUUGAUUAAUAACCUGCGCAUUGUGACCACAUAGCAGUUGAUUAAUAGCUUGCACACUGUGGACACAUAGCAGUUGAUUAAUAGCUUGCAGACUGUGGACACAUAGCAGUUGAUUAAUAGCUUGCAGACUGUGGACACAUAGCAGUUGAUUAAUAACCUGCACACUGUGAACACAUAGCAGUUGAUUAAUAACCUGCACACUGUGAACACAUAGCAGUUGAUUAAUAACCUGCACACUGUGAACACACAGCGGUUGAUUAAUAACCUGCACACUGUGGACACAUAGCAGUUGAUUAAUAACCUGCACACUGUGGACACAUAGCAGUUGAUUAAUAACCUGCACACUGUGGACACAUAGCAGUUGAUUAAUAAACUGCACACUGUGGACACAUAGCAGUGCAGGGUUGGAACAGGUGGGAGGGGGAGUGAUAUUACACAUGCAGUAGGUCAGAGUGUCAUUAGCUAAAUAGUUAUAUGAAGGAAGAGCAGAGGAAGAUUGCAGAUUUUGAGGAAGGGGGUUUGAGGAGAGCAGUGGAAUAGCUGAAACAGGUGGACAGGGGUGACGAUUGCGGAACCUUUUAACUCUUGGCUCAGAGGUGAUGUCUGCGGGGCCAGUGCAUUUGAACUUUUGGGAAAAUGUAGAAUUUAGGAAUGCUGACUCCCAUACAUGUGAAGUUAGAAGUCAUGUGAAAGUUCAUGUCUUAAUUUAAAAGGUUGAGGUGAAAGGUUGUUCCCCCCAAAAUAACUCACUAACUAAAAAUGAAUGGAAAUGGGGAUUGAAUUCCACCACAUAUUCACACCAAUUUUAGCCCAUAAAACGAAGUGCGUUAUUUUGUUAAUGGGAAAUAAUUUGAGGCAGUUUCACCGUUGCAAUCCUCUUGACCCUGGAACAAGACCUAACCUUGGCAGUUAACGUCUGUGGUGUGGCAUUUGGGGUCUGGUGUCAGACUGACCCAGUAAGCAGGGUGAAACUGAGAUGCCAUACGUAUCCUGGCCACACCACACAACCCCAGACAAGGUUUACAGUGGUCAAAAGGUUGGGGAUUUCCCAUAUCUUCUAUUUCUGACUAUUUGUUUAUGUAUUUCUGAGGUAACAUUUAGGAAAAUAUAGUAAACAUAUUUUUUUUAACCUUUAUUUAACUAGGCAAAUCAGUAAAGAACGACGCUGGGACAAUUGGGCGCCUCCCAAUCACGGCCAGAUGUGAUACAGCCUGGAUUCUAACCAGAUACUGUAGUGACACAUCUUGCACUGAGAUGCAGGGCCUUAGACCACUGCACCACUCGGGAGCCGACACUUCUGACUUUUACUCAAAAAGGAGCUGUGGGAGGAAAGUUCAAGACUAAAACAACCUAUCAAGAUUACAUCAUUAAAACCAAAGAAUAUGUAAAUGACAGUGAUGGUUUCAAUGAUCUGUGCCCUAUUUAACAAACACACACUACCCAGGCCAGCGACCUCUCUAAAAAGGGCUCUACUGCAGGUCAGCAUGGGGCAUAUUAGGCUGUGAAAACAAAAUGACUGACUGCAGCCUCUAUUCAACCACAGCAGUGUAUUGUGGCUCGCCAUUUGCUCUAAACAUGUUGACAAUAAUGUCAGCUCAAUGCUCACACAAACCUAUAUGUUGUUGUACUCACCGUUCAGCACUUAAAACACACAAUAGUUCACCUUAUCUUCAGCACCACUCACUAGCAGUGAAUUGAAUGGUCAUCUUUGGCUGCUUCGGGUUAUGGCAAAAGAUGAGCCUGUAGUUCCUCAUUGGCAGACAGGCAAGAUUAGGUGGAACCAUUCUAGGCUGUCUAGAUGGGAUACAAUUUAUGUUAGAAUUGACUUUUCGUAUCAGGUUAGGAGAACUUACGCAGCAGGUUAGGAGAAUUAGGGUAAGCAUACCUACCAAGCCCCCAUACCUACUAAGCCCAUUUAUAUCUUUGUAUUUCAUUUUUUGGGGAAUAAAAAUACAUUUUUCGGUUCUAAACCAAUCCAAUGUAUUAUUAUUAAAUGAUUAACAAUGUGUAAGGUCACACUAGUGGCCAAUUUCAAAGUUGCAAAAAAAAAUGUUGGUUUUGAGCAAGGGUUGGAACGGAAAUGAUUUUCCAAUCGUUUCGUUCUGAACAGAAUCACAAUGUUUUUUUGUUUCCUUCCGCUGUUCCGACCAGCAACUUCCACUGUUCCGACCAGCAAAAUAAUGUUCUGAACUGGUUCGAACCAAAACAAAUACUGGAUUAUAGUGUUCCUUUCUGUUCCUUUUUUAACCUGUGAAUCAACCGUGUUUUACAUUUAGUUCAUUAAAUUACUUCACCAAUCAGCGCGGAUAGAGCAGGCAAGCUAUUAGUUGUUUACACGCGUGUUGUACAGACAACUGUAGCUUACGGCGCAAGAUGCGACUGAAAUUGUGUGGGUGGGGAGAGAGCACGAGAGGGUUGAGGAGGAGUCUUGAAGCGCUGGGCAUCUUGUUAUGACAUGCAUGAUAUGAUUUAGGUCCACGUAAUUAUACCUAAGAGGAGCGGCUUCUAUUGAGGAACUUUGAAUGUCUUUUGAGCUAGAAAGCUAACACGCUUGUGUAUGCAGAGCAGCACCAGAAUUAAAAACACGUCUUACCUUUUUGUCGUUUAUAAAUCCAAUGCGAAAUGUGAUAACUAGCAUUGAAAAAGUUAAUCCAUUCUUAUUUAGUUAUUUUAUGAUUUUCGGUUCUGUUACCUGAACUGAUUUCAACCACAGAUACAAUGUUUACAGUUACACAUUGUUUUGCAAAUAUACAGUAUGCAUCAUAAAUCAUUUCACCACAUGAGAGCAAUGGUGAACAAAGCCUUAAUAUUAACAUAUGUUUAAUCUUGGUUACCCAGAAGUAGAAUUCUCCCAUGAAAGUUUGUAAUUUCCUGUUACGAGAAUCUGUCCACGAGAGAUUAACACAGAUUUAAAGGGAUUUUUCUGUUGACUAUAAACAAUAGCUAAUGUGGAAAUGUAUUUUCCUUAACAAAGUUUUAAAACAAUAAAAAUAGAACGAAUAUCGUGUUAUGAUUCAGCAACUGUUUUGAUUCAAAUAUAAUCAAUUCACUAUUCCUGUGUUGUGUAAAAUACAAUAAACAUUCAAAUCAA